AGAGUAUCAAUGAUUGAUGAUGUCACUCUUGCCGGUCAUGGUUGCUCGAAUCAUUCCUGUGAAUGGAGUUUCCUCGACAGUUGAGCUCCGAUCCUUCCCAGCCCAAUAGCUAGACCUUACUUCGCAAGCCUAGCUCAUCAAUCAAUGGUAUCUCCAGGCAACGGGUUCGCCCUCGUGGCUCCUGCCUCGAAAGGACUGGGUUUCGCCUUUGCCCAACAGCUGCUGUCUCACACGAAUCUACCCGUCAUCGCAACUGCGAGAAGGAAUUGUGAUGAAGUCCGAGAUAGCCUGUUAAAAGCAGUCAAGAGUCGAUCCGGUGACCCAAGAGAGCGACUGAGGGUUUUACAAAUGGACGUGACUGAUGAAUCUACCAUUCAAGCAAUGGCCUCACAUAUUCGAGGAGAGUAUCCAGACGCUGCUCUCCGUAUAGCUAUCACCGUUCCUGGAAUCUUACACGUCGAAAAAUCACCAUCGCAAAUUGAUGCUGCCAGCGCUCUAAAUAGCUACAAGGUCAACGCUCUCGGCCCCAUGCUGCUGAUGAAGCACCUUGCACCCUUUUUGCCUACCAAGUCUUCGAAGCCCUUUCUGGUAGACUCACAGCCUCGGAAGGACGAUUGCUCUUGGAACCUCCCAUCACAUGCCAUAUACGCCAUGAUGGCUGCACGAGUUGGCUCAAUUUCGGACAACGCAACUGGAGGCUGGUACUCGUACCGUGCCAGCAAGGCCUCUGUGUUUCAAAUAGCGAAAACUUUUGACUUAUAUCUACGCACUCGGAGCAAUGACCGGGCAUUAGCGAUAGCGAUGCAUCCCGGUACCGUCCAGACGGACUUCACGAAAGAAUACUGGGAUGGACGAAACAUGUUACAACCUCUCGACUCUGCUAAUAGGCUGCUUCAGUUCUUGUGUACAAUGGAACCCGGGAAUAAUGACGGGCGAGGUCGAUGUUGGGAUUGGAAAGGAGAGGAGGUUCUUCCAUGAAUGAGGACGAGGGACGAGAUUCGAGAAGGCAUUAAAGGGCAACUGAGCCCCCACCAGAACAUUGAUUUAACGGAUACUUCUGGAGGAAAAAGUCAAUCUGCAACUCUGGAACCUAGAAUACAGGACAUCGAUC